CAGAAAGUCCGACUUGACAACGACCGCGCAUGCAGAAGUGACAUCCACAUCCACAUCCUUCAUCCUUGUCCUCAGUUUACCCCAUCGUCAGCCCCUCCUGAGGACUUGUCACAUCUCGGUUGCUGGUUUUCUCUCUUCUUUUCCCCUCGUGCUCUCACCACUUCCUUCAUUCGAUCAAAUUCAGCCAAGCACCUUGCAGAAAACCGUGACCCGCUGACCGAGGAAGGUUUUCUGCUGCGGGCUGCCCCGAUCAGCAUCAGUCGAGAUGUCCGAUAGCCAGUCUGAAGCGGACAAGAUCCGCAGCAAGCGCUUGGCAAAGCUAGGAAAUCCCACUCCCUCGUCGCCCGUCGACGGCGCUGCGUCGAGCCAGCCCGCAUCGCCCUCUCAGUCCUCGCCUGCAUCCCGAUUCUUUCCAGAGAGACCCCAGUCACAACCACGAUCUAAUCUGAGCAGCGCCGCUCCCUCACGGGCCUCAUCCCCGCAACCCCAGACCGUGCAGUCAGAAUGGAAGCGGAUCAAGAUUGCACCCCCCACCGCCGCCAGCGCAGUGCCAGACCGGUCGCAAACCGUUACCCCAGUCUCCGGCACUCCCCCUCCACCGCGGGCUGACGAAAGUAUCGAGGCCUUUGCCGAUCGGACCCUCAGCGCGGUCUUCAAACUGACCUUGAACGAGGCUCGUCAGAAGGAUAUUCACGGGCAGCGGUUAACCUACCUGCCCGGACUGCGGGGUGAACUGGAGGAGCAAGGCCGCGAGGUCCGCAUCGAGCUGUCGGUGCUGGACCAGGCCCUUCUGGAGGCCGCUUCGAAUGCUCCCCAGCAGAAGCCGUUGGAUUACCUACUUCCAUGCUGGAGGCGGAUAUCCCGCUUGCACAAAGGGUUCCGUCGGCCUCGCGACGAUGACCCGAAAUACAGCCUCAUCUGUGAAGCCCGUCGCAUGUGCAUGAGCUACUGCAUCUUUGCUAUCACCAUGCCGGAAAUGUUCGGGCUCGAGUCGUCUGAAAAGUCGGCCCUCAAACCCUACCUCCUCCUGGACCCAGAGGAUGACAAAGGUGUGGAUUUCGAGUUCAUCGGCGAGGCUGUGGGCAGGUUCAAUGAGGAUGAAAGCAUCAAGCCGGCCUUCAUUGCUGCUGUGGAGGAAAUGAGCCAGGAGCUUGCGGGCCUGACCAUCAACGAUGAUUACAAGCCCUACCUCACAGCUUUGCGGAACCUUGUCCACAAUGCGGCCAUCGCGGCUGCCAUUACCGAGUCGUCCAUCUUCAACGAGUCCCGGGAUCCGGCUCAGUUCGAAAAGAAGACGCUUCUUGGCCCAUGGUUCAGUCUGUCCCCGCUUCAGAGCAGUGUGACCAUGACAUACUUCUCAAGCCCCAAGACUAGGGAUCAAUCAUACAUCCUGAACGCACAGCGGUCUAUCCGCAUGAUGCAGCAUAUGAUUAGCUCGGAUCUCCUUGAUGUGAUUAACCACAUGAUCCGGGCCUCGAAGGAUGCCAGGGAUCGGGUGCUGGACUGGUUCGCAGCCUCCCUGAACAUCAACCACAAGCGACGGGCGAUGCAAGUGGAUCCUACUACUGUAUCGUCCGAUGGGUUCAUGUUCAACAUUACGACUUGCCUGGACCAGCUCUGUGAGCCGUUCAUGGAUGCAAGCUUCACCAAGAUCGACAGGGUCGAUGCAAACUAUCUACACCGCAAGCCACGGGUAGAUAUGAAGGACGAAACCAAGGUCAAUGCUGAUCAGCAUGCCUCGGACGCUUUCUAUGCCAAGUCCGCAGAGGGAACGUCCAAUUUUAUCACGGAGAUUUUCUUUCUGACAGUGGCCGCCCAUCAUUACGGCAGUGAGUCUCUGACUUCCAAGCUCGAGCAGCUCGAGAAAGACCUGCGGCACAUGGAGUCCACCAUCAACAAGUUCGAGCUGGAGCGGCAUCGGUGGUUGAACAACCCCGUGCAGCUCAGAGUAUUCGAGCAGGCCCUCAAGAAAUACAAGGACAAGCUGGACCUGGGUCUAUCCCUGAAAUACAGCUUGCAGGGCGUCUUGUUUGACGAUCAAUGGCAGGCACGGUCUAUGCUCUUCAUGCGAUAUGUGGUGGUCUGGGUACUGCGGGUGGUAUCAGGCACCAACUUUCCCAAGGAACCACUCAAGCUUCCCUUGCCUGAGCAGCAACCGGAGGUGUUCCAGUGCCUGCCCGAGUACUUCAUCGAUGAUAUUGUCAGCAACUUCAAGUUCAUCAUGUGGGCUAUGCCUCAGAUCAUUACUGCCACCCAAGGAGACGAGCUGGUUAUGCUUUGCAUUACCUUCCUAGAGAGCUCGAGCUACAUCAAGAAUCCCUAUCUCAAAGCGGGUCUUGUCUCCAUCCUGUUCCGAGGAACCUGGCCUCGCCCUGGAGGCGGCCGGGGCGUCCUCGUGGACUUGCUCAACUCCAUGCCUUUUGCCAACCAGCACCUGCUGCACGCCCUAAUGAAGUUCUAUAUCGAGGCUGAGCACACCGGUACACAUACCCAGUUUUUCGAUAAGUUUAAUAUCCGUUACGAGAUUUUCCAGAUCAUUCAAUGCAUCUGGCCCAACACCCAUUACCGCAACAAGCUUUACAACCAGUCCAAGCAGAACCUGGAUUUCUUCGUGCGCUUCGUCAAUCUUCUGCUCAAUGACGUGACUUAUGUGCUCGAUGAGUCUUUCGGGGCCUUCAUCACGAUUCACAAGACACAAACGGAACUGCGUAAUGCCGCAGCGAUGGAGCCCACCGUACGCCAAGAAAAGGAGGAGCAGCUGACGGCCGCGCAGCGCAAUGCCAAGUCAUAUAUGCAGUUGACGAAUGAGACGGUUUCCAUGCUCAAGUUGUUCACCGAUGCACUGGCCGAUUCUUUCACGAUGCCUGAAAUCGUGCAGAGAUUGGCUGAUAUGCUCGACUACAACCUGGACGCCAUGGUUGGACCCAAAAGUGCCACUCUGCGGGUGGAUAACCUGCAGGAGUACGGGUUCAACCCUCGGGCCUUGCUGAGCGAGAUCGUCGAUGUCUAUCUGAACCUGACGGGCAAGGAGAGCUUCAUUGUGGCCGUGGCACGUGACGGACGGUCUUACAAGCCUGCCAAUUUCGAGAAGGCUGCCGAGAUUCUGCGGAAAUGGUCUCUGAAGUCGCCCGAGGAGCUCAAGCGGUGGGAGCAGUUCCAGCACAAGGUCAAGGCGGCUAAAGAAGAAGACGAGCAGGCGGAGGAGGACCUCGGCGAGGUUCCUGAUGACUUCCUGGAUCCUCUUAUGUACACUCUGAUGGAAGACCCAGUGAUCUUGCCCGGGUCCAGGGUGUCUAUUGACCGCUCUACCAUUCGCUCUCACCUUCUCAGUGAUCCCCACGACCCCUUCAACCGAGCUCCUUUGAAAAUGGAGGAUGUCACACCCGAUACGGAACUCAAGGCCAAGAUCGAAGCCUUCAAGGCCGAACGGAUGGCGGCGCGCAGGCAAGCUAAGGUGUCCGAUCCGAUGGACACGACUACUGGUUGAUUGCGAGUAGCAGCGGCUUUUGUGCCGAAGGCAUCUCCGCCGUCUCGGGGCUUAUUCAAUUAGCGCUUCUGACCAUGAGAUGGAACGAGGGCAUCGUAUUCUUUGUUUUUUUUUUUUUUUUU